AUGCCAUGUGGGCAUCGCACCUCUCCACAGCAGCCUGCGCAUGCGCGGGGGCCGGGCUACAGUUUCGACUGUACUCGUACUCCCGCUGCGAAUGGCAGAGCACCAGGUUGUUUUGCUGCUGCUGCUGGUACCUCCCCAUCCACGCUGUCGUCUCUGCCAGAGGAGCCAGUGACAGAGGCUGCAUAUCGCCUAAGCCCACAGGAGGUGCAGCGUCGUGCGCAACAGGUGCUAACGGCGCAGGUAUGCAGCAUGCUGGAGGAGCGACUCCACGAACGCUUGCAGCAAGCCCGCGUCGCGCAUGCACAGCGAAACGCGACACGCAUCUCUCCACCCCCACCCGCGCCGGCACCGGUGCCUCCUCUUGACACCCACAUGGCCAGCGCCUGGCCGAAUAGUGCCUCUUCUGAAGCUGCUGACGGGGCUAGCGCUACACCUACCUCUGCUAAGUUGGAGCCACUCUCUGAGGAAGCCUCGCCAUUCAUUACCACGGGGAUGUCGAGAAAUGGAGGCGCUGCCGGCAGGGGUACCACGCAUCCGGGCGCGACCGCCGUUGCAUCUGCGGUGCACUCCCCGGCGGAGAUGUCCACAAUUGACGUGAACCCGUACUCGGCGGUGGAGCUGGUGCGAGUGCACCGCCUCAAGGGUGUGCCGAACCACAACCGUGGCCUCUUCGCCGGCUUGUCACGGCGCUACUUUACAACUCGCAGCGGGCACUACACGGUUGGCCGAGACGGCGAGGGACACCAUCGCGUGCGCUCGGGUGUGUCUGGGUUUAUGUGGGAAGCACAACGCCACUCCGGCACUGCCUCUUGCCCCCCGCCGCGGCUCACGAUGCGGUCUCUCUGUGUAGACAGCCGAAUCCUGUUCCAAUGGACAGAAGGCGACUCUUCGUACGAGGUGCAGGAAGAGGACGAGUCCAGUGGUCAGCGCGAUGACGGGAUGGUGUUCUACAACGCCUCCGACAUGGACGACGCUGCUCUCGGGCACGCGCUCAAAAGGUUGCUCGAGCGCACGUAUGGCAAGAGAAUGACAGCAGAGCAACGGGUAGAGGCGGCGAGGCGGCUGCGGGAGCGGCGUGAGGGGCAGCAGGGCACUAGUGGUAGAUACCGUGUGAAGGGCAGGGGCAGUGAUGGUAUCCCGAACUCGUCCGCCGGUGGAGACGCCCUGACGGACGGCGGCGACUCCUUCAUGGCCGGCGUGAACGACGGUUCAUCUGAUGUGGGUAAGACUGGACAGCAGCGACGGGCCCCAGCAGACAGACGCUUCCGCGGUGGGGCCGCCUCCUCAAACUCGAAGCGCGGUGUUUUCUUUCUACGGGACCUGUCGCCCAUCGAAUUCGUGGGUGACCACAGCCUGUUCCCGGUGGUGGACACGCCGAUGCUCUCUGCGGGUGCCACGCCGCACAACCCCGACGACCCUCACCUCACCUUUGCAGCUCUUGGCCAUCGCUACUCGGCAUGCACCGAAGGAGGCAGUCUGCGACAAAGUGAUGGCGGGGACCACCUGAACGGCACGCUCCUCGCCGCACUCUCUCUUUCCUCCCUGGGCCGCACCAUGACCUCCGCUGAGGCGGAGGCGCACCGAACCAAGCGACAUCUCCACGUUGCCUUUGAAAACUUGAGCACAAGGAGUAGGCCCGGGGGCGGUGACGGGCCUGCGGGGCUUAUCGAGGUUAAGCGCAGUGGCUCUGGCACCGUCGGCGGCCGCCGCGCGUACGGAUCUCUGUCUCUGCCAAGCUCGGGCGAGCAGCAGUGGCAGCUGAGCCACACUGCCUGCCUCUACACGAAUGAAGAGACGGUCGUCGUUGACAAGCGGCUAUCGGCCGUUGCAGGAGGGCCGAGAGACGGCGCACAGGACACAUCCUCGGUCGUCCUUGGCGCAAGGGGUGACAACGGUGCAGCAGGUCGCUUUGGCAAGGUUGGCCGUUACACCGCAAGUAGAGCUGGCGAAGGAAUUUCUUCGGCGACAGGGCAGGACACCGGCGAAGUGCUCACAGCAGAGGAGACGCAGCAGCGCAUCUCGGCAUCUCUCUCAGAAGCCUCCGCCUCUGCCACCAUCACCUCACAAGACGACUCGAGGCUCUCCCUCAAGGACAACGGCGACAGCGGUAACCUCGAGGAGUUCCUCACACACUUCCCUGAGGAGGAGAACCAUGUCCGCCUGCGUCGAGCCGCCAAGAAUAUCCUUGACGGCAUGGAAGACAUGUGGGACGAGGCCGAUACUACCGGCAGCGCCUUCCUGUUGCCAAAAUUCCUCAACCCAAAUUUCCAGUUUCCGGGGCUUGACGUCAUCAGCAGCUCCGAUGGACUCGAUGAUGAUAGCGGGCACGACGAGGGCUCAGCAGACGACGAGCACGAGUCGCUCACCGGCUUUGGCGUCAACGAGGCGGAGCUGAACGAGAAGUUUCGCAUUGAAGCGGAGGAGGAGUGCGGCGAUCUUGUGUCUCAGCGUGACGCGCUGCUGGCGGAAAUCGAGGCUCAACGCCAGCUUCUGGACAACAUGGGUGCGGAUGUACACUACCUCUCCGUUGGACAGGCGCGCACCGGCAUGACGGCGGAGCAGUACGCCAUCAUGCUCACCAGCGAGGUGAGCUGCUACGCCAAGUCGAAUCAGCUUCGCCUGAACCGCACUCUGGAAGAGAUGUCUGAGCAGCAGCAGAAGGAUGGCGAGGCGGGGACCACUAUUGAGCGCGCUGCGUACGGCUUUCUCGACCGCUUCGGGAAGGGACGAGCCACGACAGGGGACGUGGGCUGUCAAGUGUGUGACGCCGAUCUGUGUUACGUCGACGCCGCUGUGCGUUCGACUGAGGAGCAGCUAGAAGACUUGUUCAUGCAUGAGAAGGCGCUGGUGAACGCUGUGCGACUCGCCACGGUGGCGGUAGCCAACAUCAUGACUUUUCACGCCUCGCUGGAGAUGGAGUCGACAUGCCACGAGUGCUUUUUCGUCUUCGACAAGCCGCGGACGCUCUGGCCGUGCGGGCACACCUUCUGCCUCCCUUGUCUCUCCAACAUGUACAACCGCCGCGGAGAGCUCAUCUGCUCGGAAUGCGGGUCCGUCUGCGAGGUCGGCUACACCCCCAACAUUUCUGUUGAGCUCAUCGCCAACUACCAGACACUGUGCAAGCGCAGCGAACCCAACGAAGACUCCGAGCCUGAUAGCUCACUGAACAAGGAGGGCAAUACACAGACGGUUGAGGGUGUUCUCCGCAGUUUGCUGAACAACCUGCUCUCGGCCCAGAGCAGCUGGACCGCCAUGCCCUCUGAACACUCUCCACUAAAGCUGGGCGUUGACGCAUGA